AUGUACACUGUGGGUAUAAAGUGCAAAGGGUUUGCCUCAGGUGGUGAUGGGGGCUCUGCCUUCUCGUCCACCGAUUUGGGUGCAGUCAGCACUCCAGUGAGCGAGCAGACUAAUAGGACUAUUGUACAAUAUUCCUGGCCAGAGGCACAGAAGUGGCUACUGGUUGCAGUUUUAGGACUGGAGAUGGUGAUGGGAAUUGUUGGAAACUGUCUUGUUCUGCUCAUCAAAGUCCUGUGCAGGGGUCAGUUCUGCUGCCGUUACUGGCUUCCCUUCCUCAGCCUCACUUUGUCUGAUUUAGGAUGCUCCGUCCUCAUCAUCUCUGGAUCUCUGCUGGCCAUUCUGACAGGAGGUCAAAGGUCACCAUGGUGUGAGGUUAUUAGUCUGCUGAAGUUUGCCUUCAUCGCAUCCUCCAUAGGGAGCAUAGCCACUCUCUGUGUGCAGCGGCUGAUUGGCUCGGCCUCCUUGCAAAGAUCCGUCUUUGUUGUCGUGGUGAUGGCGUGCGUGUCUUCCUGGGUAAUGGGUGUGGUGUUUGGAAGCGUCCCCGUUGUCUAUGCUUGGAUCAGGUUCGACCCAGCAGAGAUGCUGUGCGCUGUCUUCUGGGAGAGCAGCUACUCGGACAUGCUGGUCUACAUUCUGUGCAUUUUUUCGGUCUGCAUCUUCUUCCCCUUCACCCUCAUCCUCAUCUGCUCACUGCUGAGCACCGCACGCUGCCGCCUCAGCGGCACCAGUGAUGAAGAAGAUCUCUCAGCGAUCACGCCGCUGUUGGUGGCCUCCUACAUUCUCUGCUACACCCCGUUUGCUGUGUCUGAGCUGAUCCUCCUCGGUAGGAUGGACCUGUCUCCGGCACCUGGUUGGCUGAGAACUUUAUCAUCAGUGAUGUCAUACCUGGACUGUACUUUGAACCCCCUCAUAUACUGCUCCCACGAGGAAUUCCGGGAGGCGGGACUGGCCUUGUUAUGGACCAACAGGAAGUCACCAUCAGAGCCAGUUCUCACGGCGGUGAAUAAACGGGACCUGUGA